AUGGCGAAAUCUUCGAUAGAAAAGCAUCCGACAAUGGGAAUCAGGGAGUCUGACGAUUUUAAUCUCGUGAAAUUUUGGAUAUAUACAAUGGACGCCAGCAAUUUCUGGGAAAUAAUGGACACCAACGAAAUUACGAAAGACGAUAUGGUGCUGUUGACAAGGUACCUCGUGGAUUCCUAUAGGACAAAUGGGUUUAGAUUACCUGCUGAUAACUUUUUCAAAGAAGCAAAAAUCGAACAAGUAGGAGAGCUCAAAGGAUCAUACAUGGACUAUCAUGAGCCGUGCAUGAAACAAGGUGCUGGUGUGGGUUUAUGGAUCUUUUUCUGUCAAGAAAUCCUAAAGCACAAGGGAGUCAAAGAAAGGCCAAGGCUGAUGAGACACAAUGAAGACACUUCUCAGACAACCACAAAUCAACAAUCCGUGAAUGUUAAUCAAGACCAUGUAUUUACCUUUCCUUGUCAUGAAAGGCCAUGGCUGAUAACACAUCAAGAGGACACUUCUCAGGUGUUGAAUGUUGAUCCAGAUCAUGGCACUAUCUCCGGUGCAAAACAAGAUGUAUUAAGGAAGCUGUUCAGAUACGUUUAUAAUUACUUCAACAAAAAUAUGCUUUUGGCUGACUGUUUUGUCCAAAAAGAAGAAACUGCUGAAGAAGAAGCAUCUGUUGGAUCCAGAAAACGCAAACGCAGUUUUGAAGACGUCAAGGUUUGAGGAAAAAAGGGAGUUGAGACUGUUGAGUCGUGGAAGGGUGGCAGCUGAAUAUUUAAAAUGAUAAAUUAAAAGUCUGAUAUCAUCUUCUUGUUCUAUCCUAUUAAGACUAGAUUUUUGUUUAAAGUCUUCAUGGUACUUUGUUAAAACUAUUUUGAGACCUCGUCACACUCCUUGUUGUCUUUUGCUUUUUAAAAUGUUAAACCAUGGACAUGAAUAUGAUUGCCAUCACUCACUCUUAAUUUCCUGGGAUAUCUAAUGCUGCCCAACUACACCGCCUUGGGAUGGAUAAAUGCAAGAAAUAGCAU